AUGAGGCCCUCAGCAACUCUACCCUGCCUGCUCCUUUACAUCCUACACCUUACAGCUGGAACAUCUGCAGAGCCGUAUUACGUGGUCACAUCCCCAGCUGUGAUCUACUACCCACACACAGCCAUGCUGUGGGUCCAUCUCAGUGGUGUCAAUGAGUCUGUCUGGGUGACUGUCCAGCUGGAGAGACCAGAUGUGACAAGUAACAUCACCCUGUUGGAGAGGGAGGUCCAGGAGUCUCAUCUGUAUUUGAACAUCACCUUCCCUGCUCCAGCCCCCUCCAACGGGGAGGAAGAAAUUGCAGUCCUGCACGUCUCAGUCCAAGAAGAUUCCCUGGAAAUCUCCGAGAAGAAGAAGGUGAUAUUGAAAGCCCUGGAGCCUGGGAUCUUGGUACAGACAGACAAGGCUGUCUACAAGCCUGGGCAGAGAGUGAAGUUUCGAAUCAUCUGUCUGGAUAAAGACUUCAUUCCCAGUAACAACAAGCUACCACUCGUGAUCCUGAAGGACCCCAGUAGGAACCGCAUUGCGCAGUGGCGAGAUGUGAGCCCGCAGCAGGGCAUUGUGGACCUGUCCCUGCCUCUGUCUGCAGAGCCGGCCCUGGGCACGUACACCAUCGAAGUGGGGAAGACGAGACAUUCCUUCAGUGUGGAGGAAUACGUGCUACCCAAGUUUGAGAUGACAAUUGAUCUUCCCCCCAUGGUCCUGGAGAAGGACAAGAAGUUCCAGAUGGAGAUUUGUGGCCGGUACACCUAUGGGAAGCCUGUCCAGGGGAAAGUCCAGGCUAGCUUGUGCCAGCCCUUGAGGUAUCUCAGGAGCCACAAUGUUCCAGGCGUCCUGUCACCCCACAACAAGAACUGCAUCCAGGUUUCUGGACAGACCGCAAAGAAUGGCUGCUUUUCAACAGAGGUUUUGAUGGCUGCCUUCAAUCUGACCAACACCAUGUUUCAGAAGCGCUUCCAAGUCCAGGCCUCUCUGGUGGAGGAGGGGACAGGGCUGGAGAUAAACAGCACCAAGAGCUGUGAGAUCUUGCCUGAAGUCUUCACUGUGACCUUUGAAAACACUGAUGAUACCUACAGGCCUGGAAUCCCCUACACUGGGACGAUGCUCCUGAGGGGAGCUGAUGGCUCCCUGCUGAAGGAGAAGCAGCUGCUGCUCAUUGUUACAUCUGGAGGAAACACCGCAAGACAUAUCUUCCCGACAGAUGAAUCUGGGAGAGCCUCCUUUGAGCUGGACACCUCUGGCUGGACUCAGAGUGUCUCCCUGAGUGGUCAAGUCAACAAGGCAGACCAUGACCAGGAGAAUGAUGGGUCAAAACCCAGAUACCAAACUGCCUUCCUCUCCCUGAGACCCUUCUAUUCGGAGAGCCAGAGCUUCCUGAGGAUCCGCAGGCUAGGAGAGGAGCUGCCCUGCAACCAAGCCCACCAACUCCAAGUGGAUUACACCCUUGCCAGGGAGGCCCUGGGAACUGAGCUCCAGAGUGUGGAUGUGGUCUUCCUGGUCAUUGCCAAAGGAACCAUUGCCACUCUGAUCUACUUCCAUGUUUCCCUUGUCCCAGGGCUGAGAGGCUCCUUCUCCCUGGAGUUGCCUGUUGGCCUGGAGCUGGCACCAACUGCCAAGGUGCUGUGCUAUGUGGUGCUGCCCAAUGGGGAGAUGGUUGCUGACAGCACGGAGCUCCGUGUGGUCAAAUGCUUCCCCAACAAGGUGAAGCUGGCAUUUUCGGAGACGAAGGCUCUGCCUGGCUCAGAGCUCUACCUGGAGAUGCAGGCUGCCCCUGGGUCCUUGUGUGCAGUUCGUGCUGUGGAUCGGAGUGUGCUACUCUUAAAACCCGAAGCUGAGCUCAGCAGGGACACAGUCUACAAAGUGCUCCCCAGAUUUGAAUAUCCUGAAAGGAUUCAAGAUCCACCUUAUUGUCCAAACUCUUACUGGAAUUCUGUCAGGAUGGAGUCCUAUAAGUUGUUUCAGGCUGCAGCACUGAAAAUUUUCACCAAUGCAAAGAUCAGGAGCAAGUGCAAAGAGAGGUACAAGAUGCUCGGAUUGGGCGCCUUGGGUCCCAAAGGGGAUGUGAUAGAAAGGAACGACGUGCAAGAGUUGCCUCUGAUCCAGGAAGAAUCACCAACACCACGGACAUAUUUCCCAGAAACGUGGCUGUGGGACCUGGUCCCUGUGGGCAAGGGAGGCUCUGCAGAGGUGCCAGUCACAGUGCCCGACACCAUCACAGAGUGGAAAACCAGCAUGUUCUGCAUGGCGGGCCUGGGCUUUGGGCUCUCCCCCACCAUCACCCUCACGGCCUUCAAGCCCUUCUUUGUGGAGCUGGCACUGCCCUAUGCUGUGAUUCGCAAUGAAGCCUUCACGCUCAAGGCCACCGUCUUCAACUACCUGCAGCAGUGCAUGCGAGUGCGGGUGACGCUGGCAGAGUCGGCGCAGCUGGAGGUGUCAGCGAGCGUGGAGGGGGUGUACAGCGGCUGCGUGUGCGCGGAUGAAGGGAGGACUUUCCAGUGGGAUGUGAGAGCAACCAGCCUGGGGGAGGUGAAUGUCACUGUCAGCACGGAGGCCCUGCACUCUGAAGAGCUCUGCGGCAAUGAGAAUCCCGUGGUGCCCACCCAGGGGCGCGUGGACACCGUGAUAAAGCCUUUGUUGGUGCAGCCUGGAGGAAUCCUAGAGGAGAAGGCACACAGCUGUCUCCUCUGCCAGGAAGCCUCUGAAGAAAUCACCCUGGAGAUUCCUGCAAACAUCUUGGUGGGUUCCCAGCGAGCCCAAGUCACCGUGAUGGGUGACAUCCUAGGCAAUGCUCUACAGAACCUAGACCGUCUCCUGGCCAUGCCCUAUGGCUGUGGGGAGCAGAACAUGGUCCGCUUCGCUCCCAACAUCUACAUCCAGCAGUACCUGGAGAAGAGCGGGCAGCUGCGCCCAGACAUCCGGGCCAAGGCUCAGGGCUUCCUGCAGAGUGGGUACCAGCGAGAGCUCCUCUACAAGCACAAUGAUGGCUCUUACAGCGCCUUUGGGAAGAGUGAUCCCAAAGGCAACACCUGGCUGACAGCUUUUGUCCUCAAGUCCUUUGGCCAGGCCAGAGCCUACAUAGCCAUUGAUGAGCAGCACAUUGGGGAUGCGCUGGGCUGGCUGCAGAAACAGCAGCAGGACACAGGUUGCUUCCGGAGCACGGGAAAGCUCUUCAACAAUGCUUUGCAGGGUGGCGUCUCAGAUGAGCUCUCGCUUUCGGCUUAUGUCACGGCAGCGCUGCUGGAGCUAGGCCUGACCCCCACGGACCCCAUGGUGAGCAAGGCCCUUCAGUGCCUGGAGGCAGCAAGCACGGAUGACCUCUACACGCAGGCGCUGCUAGCCUAUGUUUUUGGGCUGGCAGGGACCACAGGGAAGUGGCAAGCCCUGCUGCAGAACCUGGCCCAGCAUGGGGUCAGCACAGAAGGCCAGCUCUACUGGCAAAGGAAGGUCAAGGCUUUGUCCAGCUCACAGCCCCACUGGGCAGCAGCUGCAUCGGCAGAGGUGGAGAUGACUUCCUACAUUCUCCUGGCAUACCUGUCCCAGCCCAACGUUUCCUCUGCCCACCUGGCAACUGCCUCCCACAUUGUCCGCUGGCUCAGCAAGCAGCAAAACCCCUACGGAGGCUUUGCCUCCACGCAGGACACCGUGGUGGCCCUGCAAGCCCUGGCCAAAUAUGCCACCCUGACGUACAGUGGCAAUGGGGACUUGGUGGUGACAGUGAAGUCAGCAACAGGUGCUACACAGGAGUUCUUCCUGGAGAACAACAACCGGCUGGUGCUGCAGCAAGGUGCCCUGCAUGAGCUGCCCGGGCAGUACGUGGUGCAGACACGUGGGCAGGGCUGCGCCCUGGUGCAGGUGACUCUGCGCUACAACGUGCCUCCCCCUCCGAGCACAGGCACCUUGGACCUGCGCGUGGAGACGGAGCCCAAGGAGUGCACUGCGGAUGCCAGUGCCCGCUUCAGGCUCAUCCUCCGGGCACGCUACACCGGGGAGCGUCCUGCCACCAACAUGGCUGUCAUCGAGGCCAAGCUACCAUCUGGCUACAUCCCCGAUAAGGGCUCCAUGACAGAGCUGAAGAAGCAGAAGCUGGUGAAGAGGGUGGAAAUGCAAAGCGACCAAGUGACACUUUAUCUGGACCAGCUCACAAAGGAGGAGGAGACUUUUGCCUUCUCCAUGACGCAGGACUUCCCCGUGAGUAACCUCCAGCCAGCCACUGUAAGACUGUAUGACUACUACGAGACAGGUGACCGCACGGAUGCAGCGUACAGUGCUCCUUGUGGCUCAGCAGCGCUAGCCCCUGAUGACCGGGACAGCCAACAGUCUGCUCCUGUCAUGGCCACAGCAUAA